AUGCCUGCAGGCGUGCGGUUGGUGGUGGUGCUGAAUCUGGUCGUUGGUUUGAGGUGGGAAUUUGAUCCAAUUUUUUAAGCAUUAUUUAUAACAUUAUUCAGCUAUUCAAUCACGUCAACGAAAAAGCCGCUGCGAUGGCGAUCCCGCGACAAUCUCCGAGCCUUGUCGUCGGAGAGAGCCGCUGUUUUUCGAUUCCCAAAUAAGGAAUUCGAAAAACACUUGAAUACAAAAAUCCCACACUUUGCCAGCGACGAGCAGGUAAGUGUAUCGAUAUUUUUUUCCCUUCGCACAGUGCUUUUUGAACUCUUCCCACACUUGUCGCCAACGCACAGUGCAUUUUUAUUUUGCUCUUUUCGCACAGUGCAAACCUCAAAAAAAGAUGUUUGCACUGUGCCGACAUUUGUUUUCCUUUUUGCACUGUGCUUUUUGAACUCUUUCCAACACUUGUCGCCAACGCACAGUGCAUUUUUAUUUUGCUCUUUUCGCACAGUGCAAACCUCAAAAAAAGAUGUUUGCACUGUGCCGACAUUUGUUUUCCUUUUUGCACUGUGCUUUUUGAACUCUUUCCAACACUUGUCGCCAACGCACAGUGCAUUUUUAUUUUGCUCUUUUCGCACAGUGCGAACUUAAAAAAAGCAGUUUGCACUGUGCCGACAUUUGUUUUCCUUUUUGCACUGUGCUUUUUGAACUCUUUUCCACACUUGUCGCCAACGCACAGUGCAUUUUUAUUUUGCUCUUUUCGCACAGUGCAGUCCUCAAAAAAAGCAGUUUGCACUGUGCAGACAUUUUUUUGCUUUCGCACAGUGCAUUUUGAACUUAUUCCCACGCUUGUCGCCAACGCACAGUGCGUGUUUGUUUUUCUCUUUUUGCACGGUGCAUUUUUAUUUUUCCCUUUUCGCACAGUGCAACCCUCAAAAAAGCAGUUUGCACUGUGCGAAAUGGCGCAACCGCUGCGGCGAAGCCAGAUUUUGCUUAUGUCGCAGCGAUAUUUCAAUGCACCGUGCAAAAACAAAAAAAAGUGAAAUGCACGGUGCAAAAUGGAGGAUUUUUGUGCACGGUGCGAGGCGCGACAAAUUCCGGGAAAAAAGCAAAAUGCACAGUGCGUUCGAGAAAGAAAGAGCCAAAUGCACGGUGCGCUCGAGAAAAAAACGGCGAAGCGCAGCGACAAAACGCACAGUGCAUUUUCUCUUUCGCACAGUGCAUUUUGAACUUUUUCCCAUGUUUGUCGCCAACGCACAGUGCAUUUCUAUUUUUCUCUUUUCGCACAGUGCAAACCUCAAAAAAUCCGUCUGCACAGUGCAAAAUUCCUGGUAUCAAAUCAUCUUUUUUUUCAUUAAUUAUAAUUUUCGGCAGACAAAGGAGGCGUAUUUUACCCUUAAAGUCACUAAAAAAUCAAAAAUUUCCGGAACUCAAAAAAUAAAAAAAUUAUUUUUUAUAUUAUUUUAGGACUCAUACGAAGGCGACUACACAGCAGAAGAAGAGUACCAGCCGCUCCACAAUUACGAAGGACCCCCGCAAAUCCUUCCGGAAGACGUGGAGGCAACAACAACUGAUAUGGAACUGUAAGUCAUCCAUUUCUUCGGAGAGGGACUUCAAAAUGUGAGCAAAACUUUGCAAGAACUUCUCAAACUGCGACGCUGAGAUCUUUCUUUCAACUUUUGCGCAUACUUUGGACAUAGGCCACAGGUCAAUCGCUGAAAAUUUUAGCUCGCAUUGAGCAGGCGUCGCCGAGAUAUUCAGCGAUCUUUGCAGCCGAGAUAGUACGCGAAACGUGGAGGGCGGUCAGAGCGGAAAACACUAUUUGGCCGUAUCUUAGUCAGUUUCGAGCGGAGAAAAACUGAUUUUUUUGUGGAAAUAUCACUCUCUAGGGUAAAAAUACUCAUGAAUUUUUCUUGCCAAAAUUUGCGAAAAAAUGCCACAUUUUUGCCAAAUUUCGGCCUAAAAAUCUGUCGCUUCUGCAAAAUUGUUAAGCAAUACAUUGUGGGUCAUAACUAUAGCCGCACUUUAAAAAUAGAUGUAAGUUUUGUGAUUGUCAAUAGAAAUGUGUCAUUUCUAGAACCAAAAUUUUGGUACUUUUCGGUGCGAAUUUUUGAGCAGCUUUUUUCGAAAAUACGGAAACCUUUCAAAAUAAUUUUUUGGGACAUCAUUUCUAGUACACUGAUGCACAUUGGUGCCAAAUAUGACGCAUUUCUACCCACAAUCACAAAAGUUACACUCAUUUUUUUAAAUGGUUAUAAUUAUGACCCACACUGUAUUAUUCUAAAUCUUCCUUCAGUUUCAUGCCGAAACCUAUAAAAUUCUACUGGCUAUUUACCUCCAUUACUCCUCAAAAAAACGCUGUUGAACUUUUAGUACAUAUCAGUCAGUGUGCGAGCCAGAGAUUGCCACGGUCAAAAUUUCGGCUCCGGCUCCGGCUCUUAGCUCCCAGAGCCGGAGCCGAGGCCAAAUUUGCAGCUCCGGCUCCGGCUCUUGGCUCCGUGCAAAAUUUAAAAAGGCCUCCGGCUCCGAAUCCCGGCUCCUAUGCAAAAUGUUUUUUUAAAAAUAUUUUUCCAAAAAUAAGAGUUAUUAGUGCCAUAGGUCAUACAGCCAACGUUUUUGCAGUCAAGUCACAUCCUCCGCAGUGUUUUUUCAAGUAAUUUGGUUUAACAAGAUCACGAAAUUUUUACUUUUCUGACCGCUGGGAAGCCUGACUCCGACUUUGGGCUCGGGAGCCGGAGCCGACCCAAAAUUUCCGGCUCCGGCUCUGGCUCCCGGCUCGGAGCCGGAGCCGCUCCGAGCCGGAGCCAAGAGCCGGCUCCGGGGCCGUGGCCAAUCUCUGGUGCGAGCGACAGCCCAAAAAACCUAUUGUACGGUGCAAAAAACAAGAAAUUGCACAGUGCAAAGCGAACUUUUGUUUUCGCACAGUGCAUGUGGCGAAAUUUGCUCCAGCGACAUUGCAGACAAGCUAGUAUCAUAAUAGUAGCAAAAAAUAGGACUCUGCUGUUUAUUUACUUCCAUUGCACCGCAAAAAAAGCUCUAUUGAACCAUCCGCAUCCGCCGAAUCCCUGCUUUUCUUGCAAAACACCAAAAAACUAUCUGUUCCGUCUCCGAAACCCCCAUGUGUCUCUCUUCUGCCUUCCCCCGUCUCUGCACGUCAUGUUUGGGCGACGGCGGAAAUCGGAUUUGAAUCGAGCGAAAUUCGCGUUUAAUGGCGACAAGUCAGAGAUCCGGCCCGCAAAGCGUCGGGCCGCCGUAUGCUCAGAUGCCUUCUGCUCUAUUGUAGCGCGCUAUCGUGGACUCUGAGGUAGGUUGGAGGCGGCUGGGGGAGAAGAGUUCAACGGAAAUAAAAUUUGGUGGGAAAUUGGAAAGGUUUUUGGGGCUAAAAAUACAAGUUUUAUCCCAUGCGCUUGAAGGGAACAACUUAGAGCGGGAAAUUUAGAGGAGUCUUGAUAUUUUUGGACCUUAUGAAUGGGUUAUGUGAAACUCUGGGCUUUGUAAAAUACGUGAAUAGCUUUGCAGGAAAAUUUGCUGAUUAGUCUGUCGGGAAAAUAACGUGGAUAGAAAUUUGUAUCAGUCUGUCGGGAAAAUAAUGUGGAAAGAAAAAUUUAUCAGUCUGUCUGGAAAAAUUAUGUGGAUGUGACUUUUUUAUCAGUCUGUCGGGAAAAUAAUGUGAAUGGAAAUUUGUAUCAGUCUGUCAGGAAAAUAAUGUGGAAAGAAAAUUUUUUAUCAGUCUGUCGGAAAAAUAAUGUGGAUGGAAGAUUUUUAUAUCAGUUUGUCGGGAAAAUAAUGCGGAUAGGAUAGUAAUGUUUUAGCAGUUCGUCGGGAAAAUAAUGUGGAUAAAAAUUUUUUAUCAGUUUGUCGGGAAAACAAUGUGGAUAGAAAAUUUUUAUAUCAAUCUGUCGGGAAAAUAAUGUGGAUGGAAGUAUCAUCUCAUCCUGUCGGGAAAAUAAUGCGGAUAGAAAUUUUUUAUCAGUUUGUCGGGAAAAUAAUGUGGAUAGAAAUUUUUUAUCAGUUUGUCGGGAAAAUAAUGUGGAUGGAAGAUUUAUCUGUUUGUCGUGAAAAUAAUGCGAGUGAAAUUUUAUUUCAGUCUGUAGGGGAAAAAAUGUCACUUUCGGCCCUUCCCUUAUCGAUGCCUUACAUGUAUGAUUUUUCCUCAAAAAAUCGUGUAUCCCAACUUUCGAAAAUUGAACUUCCACUGCUUGUCCGUCCGGUGGUUUUGGUGACAUGCACUGUGAGAAAACAAAAGUUCACUUUUCACCGUGCAAUAGGCUUUCUUGGGCUGUCUGUCCUUGUUUGCACUGUGCCGACGCCAAAACAUCACUCUAGCGACUUUAUGAACGAACUUGUAACCAUAAGAAAACUUUUUUCUCCAAAAUCGAAAAAAAGUUUUUUUUGAAUGACCUUCACAUCCUUCCACUAGCCAAAUAUCCGGCCGUUCUCGACGCAACGAAAAAAAACUUUCUUCCGCGACGGGCCUAAUUCGACAAAAUCCGGCUCUUUUUAUUGGAUCCGUGGGAAAAAACAAAGGUAAAUUUACCUGCCGCUGUCGGGGAAAAAGGCCUCGAGAGUUUAUUUGCACAAAGCUGGCCACGGAAACAUAUUCCGCGGCUCGUAUCGGAUGCAUUGUUUGAGCAAAUUAUUAAAUCUCCGGCUCAAGCAGAUGAACACGGGGAUCAGGGUUGUUGCGUUUGUUUAGAGGCAAAGUUAAAACUUGGAAGUCGGUGCUACCGUAAACUCGAACCGCACAGCCUGAUUUUACGUGGGCGAUUUUGAAGGGGUUCUCGGUGUAUUGGGUUAACUAUUUGUUGGAGAUUUGAUUGUGGGAUUAGUCUGUCGGGAAAAUAAUGAGCACAAUGUCGCUGCGUCAAUCACCUCCCUGAAGUGAAGAGAAAUUUGUAGCGGCAUAAUUUAUUUCCUCGGCGGCGAUUCGAUUUUUUUUUAUUUUGGUGCGACAUAAUGCUGAUUAUUUGAAACCUUUUUUUGGCCAGAUCUUUUCCAGUUUUAUGCGGAAAAAAUUGACCUUUGUGGACAUUAUGCAUUAGUAGUAGAAACCAUGAUGUUUUUCUUGCCAAAAUUUGCAAAAAGUGCCAUAUUUUUCCCAACGUUCGGUCGUUUCUUCAAAAAAUCAGCAAGCAAGAAGCCUCGCUUAUGUCCCAAAAUUUUUAACUAUGAAAAACUUCUGACACUUCCAGGUCGAGACACAUAUCAAAAAAAUCGUAAAAUUAAGGCUUGUCAAGAUACCAGAGUUUACUUAGUUCAAAACAAAGCUUUUGAAUUGAUAGUCAAAAAGGCUUUUGCGUGGUGUUGCAAGAAAAGUUCAGAGGAUUUUCACCUUUACAAGCCAAAAGUAGGCAGCUAACUUUUACAUAUUCUGAAUGAAAAAUUUUGCGGUUUUUUUGAUAUACAUAUGUCUCCACCUAUAACCCCAUACCCCAUAGAAGUACUUUCCUUGCAAAAAAAUUACUCUAAAUUUGUCAAAUGGCAAUUGCUUCAGCUGUGACCUAAUUAGCAUAUAAUCAUUGUAUGGUUUUCAUUUUACCAUUGUCUUUAUUAUUUACAUCAACUUUCUCACGGCCUUUUAUACAUAUGGCUUGACGAAUUUUAGGCUCUUUUUACCCAUGACGUUCAAAUUCGGUGAUAUUUUAAAAAACACUUUAUAUCAGUCAGUCGGGAAAAUAAUGUGGGUUUUUCGCAGCAAAAUAUCUCCCCGUUGUAGUUGCACACCAAACCUCCAGCUACGUCGCAAAGCGAUGAUAGGAAAUUCCACGGCGCAACGAGCCCACAUUAUUUUCCCAACAGACUGAUAUAUCUCAUCGUUUUUUGCGUAAUUUUCCUUUUUUUUGCAUCACACGUCUAGUAGGGCUUACUAAAUUAAAGCCCUCCACAAAUGUCUUUUUUCGUACAUUCCAAAAAAAGUACUAGACCUUUCCUCUCAAAAAAAAACUUUUUUAAAUUUAGUGUUAUGUCAAAAACAGGCUCCAAAAUCCUCGCCUUCGCUUUAAUGAAUAUAAGUAAGGUAUAAAGAAGAAUAUUCUCAGCCCCCGCCAGCAAAAACAAUAAACCGCGGAUUUUCCGGCGUCGGAUUUUCCCCAUUUGCGGCCGAAACUUGAGUGGAGGGAAAUGGGCCCGCCCAUUUCGCGGGCUUUUCGUAUAUGUUUUCCAAAAAUUCGUUCGCCCAUGACCUUCGGGGGCGCCUUUGUGCUCAACCGGGGUGGGAUUUGAAACAUACCAAGAGGUAUUUUGAUUAUAUUCAAGGUGUUUUUUCAGUCUGUCGGGAAAAUAAUGAGCUCUUUCGGAGAAAAUCGCAUCGCUGAAGUGAAAAAAUUUUUUUUUGAUUUUGUCGCGAGAAAAUUAAUUUUCGAGACACCGAUACGAUUUUUGUUGCGACAGAAUGCUCAUUAUUUUUCCGACAUACUGAUUUAAAGUAAUUUCUAAAAAAAAUGUUUUUUGAUGACUAUUUAAAUUUUGACUAAUAAUUAUUUUACAGUAAUAAAAAUAUUUUCGAAAUUUUCCAAUAAUACCCUCUUAGCCUCUCAAAAUUUUAUUACUGUAAUUUCCAAAAUCAUUUUUUUCCGAAUCCAAGUCAAGCCGAGGUUAUUAAGGCCGGCUGUGCGCAACUUCCGUUGAAGUAAUCUUAGUCCCCUCCCGAAAAAAUUAAUUAGCUCAAUCUGGCCAGAAAAAAUCCCUGGAACCGCCAAGUUUCCAUGCCGCAUACGACAGAGCGCCUAGUCAGCGAUUCCGACGUCUGGCACGUUGCCCUUGUUUUAGUGGAUAUUUUGACGUUUUAGGGCGUAAUUUGAAUCAACUGUUUCGGUCGACAAGAAUGUCGAGAAAUUUGAAGCAGUAAUAGGGGGAUUCUGGAGUUGAGAGCUUAUUUUAAGGCCUUGUAAGGUUAUAAAGUUUACUACAAUGGAUGAUAUAAUAAUUACUGAUGAUAAUAAUGACUUGAUGGGUAGUGUGUAAAAGUAGCGUUAUUUUUGGGCAAGGUGGAGCAGUAGUGUGCGGUUCUGGACUUGAGAACUUAUUUUAAGGCCUGUAAGGUCAUAAACUUUACUACAAUGAAAGAUAAUGAAAAAUGAUUAAGGUUGGUGACUACAUCUUUAUGUAUUUCAUACGAAAAAAUCAGAAGUUAGUCGCAAACGUUUUGUCACACCUUUUCAAUCAAUAGAAAGGCCGAAAAAGAGACCAAACCGACUCCAAAUUUGAUGUCAAAAAGUAUCAUUGAGCCAUACAAAGUCCGUUGGCCAAACAACUGUCUUUCUUUAAAAAGCCAAGUUUAUUCUUUUUUGUCUUUGAGAUAUAAAACCUCUUUUUUGAUAUCAAUUGCAAAUUGGAAUCGUUUUGAGCUCUUUCUCAACUUUUGUGUUGAUUAAAAAGGUGUGACAGAACGUUCGCGACUAACUUCUGAUUUUUUAGUAUUAAAUAAAGAUGUAGUCACCGACCUUAAUCAUUUUUAGUUAGGUUAAUUCAUAAGGCCAGAAACGCGGCCUAACUGCUACAGUUUGUCCAAAACAGCCGAUAGAGCCUUUACAGUCUUUCAUCAACUUGAAGUCAUCAUGUUUCAUUUUUAUAGCAAACUUUAUGACCUUACAAGGCUAAAAACAAGUUCCUAAGCCAAGAACCGUCAUCUUACUGCUCCAGCUUGCCUAAAACACCCGCUAACAUAGCCUUUAUGCCCUAGCCAUCAACGUGAAGUCAUUAUCUUUCAUUAUAGUAAAGUUUAUGACCCUACAAGGCCCCAUAAUCCUAUACAUGUAACUCUAAUCGCGUGCAAAUUCCCAAUUACGGCCAUUGUCUAACCUUUUAUUAUAUUUGCCAGUCGAUGACUUUGCGCCUCCUCCCCAACUCACCAUAGCCAAUCACUCGGUGCGCCCCGACAAAUACAUAUCGCUUUUUGCUCCAAAUUUACCCCGCUCUUUACCGAUGACACGGUUUUUGAAACUGGCCGCCCUGAUGACGGCCUUAUUUGUACAGUAAGUCGAGUGUGUGUUCAAAAUCGAAAUAGCCAUGAUGCCGGCUCAAAGGCCAUCAUUAUGUGCGGGGGGUUUUGGGAAAACAUUGGGAAAACAAGAAAGGAAAAAAUCUGCCGUUCAUUAGGCUAAUAAAGCGUAAUGUAAAUGGAUUACUUUUCUAGGUCCGAAGCCAACACCGACACCGAAAUCAUCAAUAAAUUAUUGAACAGAGGCUACGAUUGGAGGGUCAGGCCACCCGGAACAAAUCUGUCGCUUCCGGGUAAGUCGAAAUUUGCACUGUGGACAUUUUAUACGAUGAAAAGUGUUUUGGCAUAGACCGCUAUGUCUUGAUUAAAAAAGUUGGCAGAGAGAGAAAUGACUUCAAAUUUGGCGUCAAAAAGUAUCAUAGAGACAAAAAAAGAUUGUGGAUUUUGAAGAGAGAUUGGUUGAAUUUUUAUAUGAGACCUUUUGCAACUCAAAACAAGUCUCAUAAGGUAUCCAAACAACCAUCAAAAAAUCGAUCUUUUUUAUGACUCCAUGAUACUUUUUGAUACCAAAUUUUGGCUCAUUUGCAUCUCUUUUCCCUGUAUUUUCAACAGCCUCAUUACUAUCAGUCUGUCGGGAAAAUAACGAGCACAAUCAAAAACCGCAUCGCCACCGAGAAAAUGAAUUGUCGCGGCAAAAUCAAAUUGCUUUCACUUCAGCGAUAUGAUCGGCACAGCGAGAUUGUGCUCAUUAUUUUCCCGACAGACUUAUAAACCAUUUUUCAUACCCCAAAAUUAAAUUUUUUUAGGUGCUCACGGUCCCGUCGUGGUUAAUGUGAACAUGCUCAUCAGGAGGUAAGCAAGACAUGAUCACAUAUAUUUCAAAGUAAAAUAUAUGUUGCUCUUUUUUCACCCUUCUAUUUCUCAUUUGCAGCAAAAACCUUUUACCCCCGAAUUUCUAUUUUUUUAUUUUUUUCUUGGGUUCCAAGUGCGUAUUUUGGACCCGCUGACUUGACAUGUCUCAUUCGCGCGUCUCGUUGCACGUCACAAUAGAAAUUUUAGUUUGCUGGUUUCUUAUUCUAAUUUCCAUAAUUAGAAGAGCUCCACGAGGCAUCAGUCUGUCGGGAAAAUAAUGAGCUCUCUGUCGCAGCGAAAACCGCAUCGUCGGCGAGAAAAUGAAUUGUUUUGCGAAAAAUUCAAAUUGCUUUUCACUCCAGCGACGCAAGCAACACUGUGCUCAUUAUUUUCCCGACAGACUGAUAUUAUAUCUCGGGCACAUUGUGUUGCUGACAGGCAAAGGAUUUCGAGCGUGAAAUUUUGAAAAAAAAUGAAAAUGUGGGUGUAAGAGGACAAUAGACCAAGACAGUUAAUUUACCAGGACCCUUAGAUAAAGGAUUUUUCUACAGGCCGAUCAUUCAGUCUGUCGGGAAAAUAAUGUGGACUCGUCGCGCCUUGGAAUCGCCCAUCAUCGCUUUUCGACGGCUUGCGGCGGCUGGGGAUCUACUGCGACAAAUCCACAUAAUUUUCCCGACAGGUGUACAUCGGCCUGUCGGGAAAAUAAUGCGGAUUUGUCGCGCCCUGAAAUUGCCCAUCGUCGCUAUGCCUCGAGGCAAAACAUUUUUCUACGACAAACCCACAUUAUUUUCCCGACAAGCUACGCCUUUUUAUAGGACGCAUAUCAAUUCCUGAAAGUUUUAGUCUUAAAAAACAUUUUUCUAAAUACACGAGAACUUCCCCCGUAAAUUAAAUAUCGUCUUGAAGCGACAAAACUCUCAAAUUAUUCAACAUUAUUUGAUCUUUGCCCUCUAACUUUUUGUUGUUUCAGUAUCUCCAAGAUCGACGACGUCAACAUGGAAUACAGGUGGGUGAGCACGUGCCGAGGCCCUCGGCCGUGUCAAAGGGCAUUGUGCGGGCCCAGUCUUGCGCUGCAAUUAGUUUUGCGAAACCGCGGCGCGGCCGCAUAAUUGACGCGAACCCGGAACUCUGGUGCCACCCAACAAGAGAUGGCUUUCAAGUGGGGGACUCAGGCUCAAAAAAUUUUUUAAUGCGACGUCUAAACUAGCCAUAUAUCAAAACAUCAAGGUUUCCGCCUAACUUUAUCAGCCUGUCGGGAAAAUAACGUGGAUUCGCCGGGCCAUUGGAAUCGCCCAUCAAAGACUUGAGGCGGCUUGCAGUGGCUGGAGACUUGGCGCAUGACUGCGGAACGUCAUCGUUCUACGACAAAUCCACACUAUUUUCCCGACAGACAGAUAGAGAACUUCCUGUUCACCCCAAGCCAAACGCUUCUCUAAAAAAUUACAUACGUUUUGCUAGGCAUCGCCCAGCUUUUCCUGCGGAUAAUAAGUCUGUCGGGAAAAUAAUAAGCACUCUGUCGCAGCAAAAAUCGCAUCACUGCCGAGAAAAUGAACUUUGUCGCUGCCAAAUCAAAUUGUUUCUCAUUUCAGCGACAUUGUGCUCAUUAUUUUCCCGACAGACUGAUACUAGUGCUUACGUAACGCGCAAAAUCAUGUUGUCUUUUGGACGCGCAUUCAAGUGAGCUCUUGCUCAAGGGGCGCCGAUAAACAAGCGGUUGACACGCGAACGAGUUUUUACAAUUCGUUCAGUUGCACCGCCGACAUUAAAGAACAUACGAAAACGGGGAAGAAUGACCGAAGCGGCUUGACCGUUCAAGAAGCCCCGAGGGGACUUCGAGGACAAGAAAACAAAGCUGCAAAGUUCGUAAUGGAAAAACAAGCAGUUGGAGAUAAAACUGUAAAAUGAUUGGGAGGGUUCCAAAAUCAUCAUAAAGCUUAUGUCAUCUAGAACAUCUAUGCAAAAUUUAAAGAUAAACUGACCGCAGAACACAAAAUUACACAACUUUCUAUGUCGCAACAACCUUUUUUGAACCCUUCACAAUAAUAAGCCGCCAAUUUUCAGUGUCCAACUGACCUUCCGCGAAAGCUGGGUGGACGGGCGCCUCGCCUAUGGUCUACCGAACGACGGCAAACCCGACUUUCUCAUCCUCUCGGCCGGACAACAAAUCUGGAUGCCGGAUUCGUUCUUUCAGAACGAAAAACAGGCCCAGAAACACAUGAUCGACAAGCCGAACGUGCUGAUUCGAGUGCACAAGGACGGAAACAUCCUGUACAGUGUGAGAAUAUCGAUGGUACUCUCCUGUCCGAUGCAUCUACAAUACUACCCCAUGGAUGUGCAGACCUGCCACAUUGAUCUGGCUUCCUACGCCUAUACCACUGAUGAUAUUGGUAAGACUGCUCGCCAAACCGUGUUAAAUUACUGUAUAUAGAGUACAAAUGGAAAGCGACGGAUCCAGUCCAGCUGAAGACCGGGCUCGAGUCGUCGUUGCCAAGUUUUCAACUGAACAAUGUUAGUACAACAUACUGCACCAGCAAGACGAACACCGGAACCUAUUCAUGUCUAAGGACGGUGUUGACUUUGAAGCGACAGUUCAGUUACUAUUUACUUCAACUGUAUAUACCAAGGUGAGUCCGAAGAAGAGUUAGCAGGGAGCGCCAGACAAAAACCGGGUUCCCCCUAGAAGGACCCGAUCUAGUGGAAAAAAACGUACUACUUUGCAUUCAAGAAGCAUCCAAAAUGUGGCAAAAUGCUUCCCUCUCCAAGUGAAAAAAACUUCGGUUUGAAGCGGGUGCGCUUUUGAAAUCGGAGUUUUUUCCCCUGGAGAAGGAAGCAUUUUGCCACAUUUUUGAUACUUCCCUGAUUCAAAAUGGUACGUUUUUUUUCCAUGGUCCCCACUGUAAAUUUCUUGUUUACAUAAUGUCGCGAGCUAUCAUUUUUAAAAUACGUGCUUCCGAUGUAUGAUUUAUUAUCAGUCUGUCGGAAAAAAAAUGAGCGCAAUGUUGAUUGAUUACAGUGGCGGACCUGAUCUAGCGGCGAAAAGCAUACCAUUUUGCAUCCGGGAAGUAUCAAAAAAUGUAGCAAAAUGACUCCCUAUCCAAGUGAAAAAACUCUGUUUUGAAAAUAGCAUUUUUCCCCUUGACAAGAAGAGUUUUUGAAAUCGGAGUUUUUUCACACGGAGAGGGAGGUAUUUUGUUGCAAUUUUUGAUACUUUCGGAUGCAAAAUGGUACGUAUCUUGCCGCGGGAUCAGGUCCGCCAUUGUAUGCAAAUUUGGGUCAACUUUAAUUCAACUCUCAGAGAGCCCUGCUUUGUCAGAUUCCCUUUUCAAAUAAAACAAAUCCUUUUUUCAGUACUAUGUUAGUGAUAGUCAGUUGGGUGAGUUUCUGGCUUCCGCGGACCGCCGUUCCAGCCAGAGUAACCCUCGGAGUCACAACCUUACUCACAAUGACCACACAAGCAUCGGGUAUCAAUGCCAAACUACCUCCGGUCUCCUACAGCAAAGCCAUUGACAUUUGGACGGGAUGUAAGUUAAUACAAAAAUUGUCUCUAAGAAUGUAGAACUAGCGCAUUUUACCCAAAUUUUUUCGUUUUCCAGCAUGUCUCACAUUUAUUUUUGGAGCGUUAUUGGAAUUCGCCUUCGUGACCUAUAUGGCGUCCAGAGAUCAGGCGAGAAGUAAGGGGAAUUUUAAAAUAACUUAGUUCUAAAAUAGCCAUGCACGUCACACAUCUGUUUUCAGAGAAGCAGAAAAAAUCUACAGCAAGUCAUCCGCCGGACGUCCAGAUUAGCCGAGCGUUAGCCGGGCCAACAGGGAACCCCAGAUUGACCUCAACGCCCCUGGUUGGAUCAGAAAAGGUAAAGAUUUCGGGUUAGAGGUACAGUGGGGGACCUGAUUCAGUAGCAAAAAACGUACCAUUUUGCAUCCGGGAAGUAUCAAAAAUGUGGCAAAAUGCUUCCCUCUCCAAGCGAAAAAAAACUCCGAUUUCAAAAGCGCGCCCGCUCUUUUUGUGAGAGGAAGGGCGCGCCCUUCAAAACGAAGUUUUUUCACCUGGAGAGGGAAGCAUUUUGCCACAUUUUUGGUGCUUCCCGGAUUCAAAACGGUACGUUUUUUGCCACUGGAUCGGGUCCGUCACUGUAGCUUCUACGCGCGAAAUAGGAGCCAGCAAAAAAACAUCCGAUUGCGGCCAGGAAGUAUUCCGAAUACCUCCAAAUAAUCCUCGGUCGAAAAAAGAUUCAUUUGAAGAGAACGCACUAGAAUAUUGUACCUUUGGAAAGAAAAGAAAGGCAAGCAUUCAAUGCCCCACGAUGAUGUUCAUUUCAUUCCAAAAGGACAAUAAUCUCGUGCUCUCUCUUCGGGAGAGCCCUAUUUUCGGUUAGAGAAUGUGUUUAGAGAUAUUCUUCAAUUAGAAGUACAUCCCGCAUUCUGUACCAAGCAAUCUCACAGGUCUAAAAAGUCCCUUUUAUGCCAAAGUGAACCUCCGCACAGCGAAACUCUUCUAUCAAGAAAAUUUUUUGAUCUCAUGCAAAUUCGUUUAAGCCAAUUCUCACCAUUAUUACCAUAAUUUUUCAGCCAUAUCACGACGAUGUUUGGCGACGUCGCCCUUCAUCGCCGGCUCCGCUCACCGACGUAGUAGUCAGCUAUCGAGGGAGUGGUGUAGAGCGACAGAUUCGAGUUCACGAUUACACAGCGAGUCCGGAGCCAACGACACCCUAUACCAAUGGCCACUUCACAUUCAAUCGAAGGUUCAGCGAGAAAUCGGGCAAUUGGCUAUUGAAUUGCGUUCAACGGAUACCGAUCUGUCGAAAGUUUAUCAAACAAAUGCAAAUUGAUGACAGAGCAAAAAGGGCAGACUAUCUAUCGAGUAAACCAUUUGAAAAACUGCAGUGCGGGACCUGAUCCAGUGGCAUAAAACGUACCAUUUUGCAUCUGGAAAGUAUCAAAAAUGUAUAAAAAGGGCGCGCCCUUAAAAACAAAGUUUUUUCACUUGGAGAGGGAAGCAUUUUGCCACAUUUUUGAUGCUUCCCGGAUGCAAAAUGGUACGUUUUUUAACACUGCACGAGGCCCCCUAAACGACAAACAAUAUGAAAGUCCAAGGUUACAACUGACAGGGGAAAUGCCCCUAGUGAAACGCUCAGAUUUUGUUUUAUGCCUUUUUUUCAAACAAAAUUGGCAAAAAAUGGCCAAAAAGUGCUUUUCGCUUUGACCGCUCUCCGCAUCACACGUACUGCCGCUACCACAAAGAUCUUUGAAUAUCUCGGCCGUCUCUGACAAACGCGAGCUAGAACUUUACGGAAUUGAUAUUUGGCCCUUACUCGACGUAUGCGCAAAAUUAAAAACUAUUCUGAUCUCCGCACUUGGGGUACUUCCCUUGUCAGCACUCGUUCAGAAUAUCAUUUUAUCACCUGCGGAUCCUACAGGUUGUUUGGAUGAUCCCUUUGUACAGUCCAGGACAAGAUUAUGUGGCAAAAACGAAUCCAAUCGAAUCAUUGUGCGAAUAAAUUGCAUCCCCUUACAUCAAAUACUUCCCGUCUCUUCAAAAGAAACAGCUCUCUCAGUUAGAGAAGUGAUGCAAAGAGAGACAAUUUAUUGCAUCAAACAUGAAAUUGGAUGCGUUUCUUGCCACAUGAUCCUGUCCGGGACUGUACAAAGGAAUCAUCCAAGCAACCUGUAGGAUCCUCAAAUGACACAAUGAUAUUCCGCAAGAGCGGUAUAUAACUCAAUUAAAAAUUUUUGGGCCAAAACACAAAAAUUUUAGCUAAUUGUUUCAGGACUGUUGUUCCCAAUGCUAUUUCUCACAUUCAACAUGGUCUACUGGCUUCGAUACUCGCGAUAUCAAGUGUCAUCGCCCAGUUAA